CCCGUGUGAUCCGACGCUCGGUUUGACGAGAAAGCCAUGAGAGAGGCGAAGAAGAAGAAGAAGAAAUCGGAAACUACCAUUGCUGUAUUCGGUGAUGGUUCGGUAUCAGGUUCACGAGCAUUUUCCGUUUACUUGGUUUCUGGGUUAUUCCUGGUUGUUGGAUUCUGGGUGGCCCAUCAUGUCUACGCCGCCGAUCUCAUAUCCAAUCCAUCUUUCACUCUCCUUCUCAUCUGGAGUAUUGAAUUUCCGGUUGUGGUAAUCGCCUACAGCUUGUUCCGACGAGACGCAGAUGAAUGCCCAUAUUGGAGAGCUGCUGCGCGAAGCGUUGUAGGGUUAGUGACUGGGGCUCUGAUAAACGCUUCAGGAGCAAUUGCUUUGGGCGCACCUGUUGGCUUGCAAUAUCUAUGGAAAACCAUUAAUUGGUCUUUUCUAAUGUCUGUUUUCACGUUUGUUCCAGCAGCUGCAGUUUUUGGUGCAUCAUGGGCAGAUUGGCAUCGUGCCUAUGCAUGUAUGAAACCAACUGCAAGUAGAGAAUAUAUGAUCGUUGUUCCGGCCUAUGGAGCUAUCAUUGGAGCAUGGUUUGGAGCUUGGCCUAUGCCACUCGACUGGGAAAGGCCAUGGCAGGAAUGGCCCGUAUGUGUGAGUUAUGGAGCUAUUGUCGGCUAUGCAUUCGGACAGCUGGUUUCCUUGGUUUUGAUUCUUCUCGAGAAGAGACGACUGAACAGGAAGCGGGAUUAGUCUGUUUGUUUACUGUCCAAAGUUUUGUAGAUCACAUUUUCAUGGAGCACGAGUUUAAGUUCACCAUUGAUGUUCUUUCGCCUAUCCCCUGUCUAUUUCAGUUGUUGUACUGAAAGAAAUGAUCUUGACUUACCAUUAUCACCCGCCUGUCAAGAAACAGAUGUACAAACACUGAACAUUCAUUACAAAGAUCUUAGGUUCCAUUCAAACAA